AUGCUGCCUUCUGGCUUCAGAUUGUACAAACCCGGUAACGUGUUGUCGGUGACUCUACAUCGAGCGCAAACAAUACAGGUGCAGGCUUCGUUGUGGACCGAAGAUCUGACUGGAGCGAAGGUCGAAUCCUCAGACAUCGUCAGCGUCUUCUCAGGAACAAAUCGUGCUGCCGUGCUCGAGGGAGGGAGAGAUCAUCUGAUCGAACAGAUACCACCAGUAACCGCAUGGGGAAAAGAAUUCCUGACAGUGCCGCUAGGGGGCAGGAUGGACGGCGAAAUUAUACGAAUCAUCGCAGCUAAGCACGACACGACCGUUCUCGUGACGUCAUCGACGCCCGAGCAUUCGCACAAUUUCACGAUCUCCGCGGGAGAGUUCAUACACCUCGACUCCAACGAAUCGCUUUACAUCGUCGCCGACCGGCGCGCCCUCGUGUGUCAGUAUGCGAAAUCUCAGGAAGCGAGCCGAGAGCCCUCCGACCCGAUGAUGAUGAUCGUACCUCCGGUCGAGCAGUACGCGCAUGCGUACAAGUUCGUUGCGAUGGGCGUGACGUCGACGAUGCAACAUUACGUCACCAUCAUCGUGCGAGCAGACGACGUCGCUGGGCUGCGGGUCGACAGCAAGUCGCUGAAGACGCCGACGGAGGCGACGGAGACGACGACGGCGGCGACGAAGGAGACGGAGUCGAUGUCGUGGCAAGUCGCUUGGUCAUCGACGCCGAGCGCGCAGUUCGUUGCGGCGACACUAGAUGUCGCUGUGGGCACGCACGACGUCCGUAGCGUGGACGCGGCGGCGACGUUCGCAGUGCUUAGCUACGGCUACGACAAAUACGAGUCGUACGGAUAUCCAGCCGGAUUCAGACUGACUCCGAUCGCCGCCGCGUGCAAACCGACACCCCCGGUAGACGGCGACGGAGUAGAUAACGACUGUGAUGGGUUAGUCGAUGAAGAGCUACAGGAUGAUGUCGACAACGAUGGCGAUGGACUUAUAGAUGAAGACUUCGAUAGCGCACGGCUUGUUCUGUUUCUAGAAAAUGGAGUAGGAAAGGAUGGGGGCAGGUGA